AUAUGGAGACUCUUACCAUCCACAGACACUGAUCGUGCAACUUUACUGAGCCGACUGAACGGGUUAGGCGCUUUCAUGGCUACUCUCCUGUCACAUUAACAACUCCAAACAUGUCCAAAAGCCUGAAGAAGAAAAGUCACUGGACUAACAGAGUCCACGAGGUCGUGUUAUCCAGGGGUCCGAGUGGUGAUCUUGGGUUCGAGCUGCAGGGAGGCGCGGAGAAUGGACAGUUCCCCGUUAUUGGAGACGUGAAACCGGACAGGGGCAAAUUGCACCAGGACGAGCUACUUCUGGAGGUCAAUGAUACUCCAGUGGCCGGACUGACCAUCAGGGAUGUGUGGGCUGUGGUCAGACACUGCAAAGACCCUGUCCGCCUUAAGUGUGUCAAACAAGGAGGUGUUGUGGAUAAAGAUCUCAGGCAAUAUCUCAACCUGCGUUUCCAGAAGGGCUCUUUGGACCAUGAGCUGCAACAAAUAAUUCGGGACAACCUCUAUCUUCGUACAGUACCUUGUGAGUAA